UUUUUUUUUUUCCUCCCCUACUCUCUCCGACCUCCUCACCCCCUCUGCCAGCCCGGCCGCCUCGCCGUCCUGCAGGGCGCCGCCGCCGCCGCAAGCUGAGCCUUGCCUACCCCCUCGCUGACUCCGUGCCCAACUCUGCGCCGGCCCCUCCCUCUUUCGAUUGGUCUGUCUUGGUCUCAGAAGCGAUGGGGAAGAAGUUGAAGGCGAAGACCAAGAACCCAAGGAAAACCCAGCAGCAGCAGCAGCAACGGGAGCCAGCGGCGGCGCUCUCCGAUGCUGGAUCUGGGGAUGCUGAGUCGCAGGACGCGGGCAAUUCGACGGAGGAAGCUGCUGCUGCGUCGGCCAGCGGCAGGGAGCAGUGCGGCCACUAUGGCGGCGACAUUGCCCGCUUGGACAAGGUCCUCUUGGAGAUCAUGUCGUCCAAGCAUUUUGCGUCGUGCGAGCAUUGCCGGGACGACAUGCCUCGGAAGAAAGGAGGUGGGGGUGGCAAGGAGAAAGGAGGGAAGCAGCAGAAGAGGAAAGGAGGUGGACAGAAAGGCGCCGCGGCCAAGGGACAGGCAAAGGCGCAGAAGAGUGAUAUGUGGGUCUGCUUAGACUGUGGUCGGCAAUUCUGCGGUGGUGAGGUUGAUAUGACCAAGCCAUACGGCCAUGCCCGAAGGCAUGCCAAGCAGGACCGGCAUUGGUGGGCUGCACGGUUUGAUGAUCCGACUGUUGCAUUUUGUUUGUCGUGUGAAAAGGAAGUGUCGAUCGAGAUGCCUAGAAUAGAGACAGUUGCUGCAGUGCCAGCAGAGGCAGUUGCUGCAGUUGACAGAGAUUUGGGUUUGGUUAACCUUCAUGGUAGUGUAAUCAGAGGGCUGCCAAAUCUUGGGAACACAUGUUUCUUCAAUGCAGUGAUGCAGAGCCUCCUUGCACUUGAUAGGUUGCGCAGUAAGAUGUUGGGACCAGAUGUACCAACAGGUGCACUUUCGAUGUCACUAAAGAAACUCUUCAUGGAGACGAGUGCUUCGAAUGAUGUUGGAGGUGCACUGAGUCCAAAGAAUCUCUUCUCAAAUAUUUGCUCAAAGUACCCGCAGUUCAGGGGCUACCAGAUGCAGGACAGCCAUGAAUUACUACGCUGUUUUCUUGAUGGUCUGCGCACAGAGGAAAAUGAAGCUUGGAAGCUAGCAGAUGAGUCUUCGAAUGCAGCUAUUCCUACAAUUGUCGACUCAAUCUUUGGAGGUCAGCUGUCUAGCACAGUUUCCAGCACUGAAUGCACACACAGUUCUGUUAAACAUGAUCAAUUCCUUGAUCUAUCACUACCAGUUCCAUCGAGGAGACCUCCAGCCAAGAGUGUGUCAUCACCACCAGCAAAGAGGAACAAACAAUCCAUAAGGGAUAGGAAUAAAAAUCGGAGAUAUGGGAGGAUUUCUCCCCGAGUGUCUCCCAUAGUACAGGUGAAUAACAAAGAAAAGAUUGAAACUGUUGCUGAAUGCAAUGAUUCCCAGAUUCCUGGUUCAGAGUCAGGACAGGUUGUCUGUGAGAAAGAGCCUGAGCCUUCUGAAUGCAGUGAGUCAUGUGCUUCUGUGCCUAAUCUAGAACAAACAGGCACUUCAAAUGUGGAGGAUCCCGCUUGCUGGUUGGAUUACAUUGAUGAUGCAGAUGAAGCAAAAUCUGAGAUUCUUGAUUCGGCAGAUUCUACUGAGGCAGGACACAUCUGGGAAGACAAGGGUGUUAUUCAUGGUCCAUUUCUUCCACAGGAUUAUGCCUUAUCAAAAGAGCAGGUCUUGGGUUCUGAACACUCUGGUGAAAACCUUAUUGAUGACGCAACAUCUUCACACCCUAUUAUCUUGCUUCCUUACAAAGAAUUUGGUUCCACUGCCGAGGAAAUGGAUGCAACUGUAGAAAAUUCACAGAAACCAGAAGACGCACUUGCUCCUCCAGCUGUUUCUCUGACAGAAGAUAAUGCACAACCUGCAUCUGUUGGUGAUGGUGAUCAAGAUGACUUUGCUGGUCUUGGUGAUAUGUUCAACGAGCCUGAAGUUACUUCUGAAGUCAAGAAGGAAACAGGUACAGUUGAAAAUAUUGAUGUGAUGGCCUGGAGUAGCAAUAGUGCUGAAGAUGAGGUGGAUGAUAGUAAUGCACCUGUAUCAGUUGAGGGCUGCUUGGCUCUGUUUACUGAACCGGAGUUGCUCUCUGAACCAUGGCACUGUGAGCAUUGUUCUAACUCUGUUGCCUGCCCAGACGCCAACGAUGGCAAACAUGAUGAGAUGGCGACUAGUGCCAAUGAAAGAAAGGAUGGGAAGGAGAUGAUGGCAGGUGGUGAUGAAAGACAAGAUGGUGAUAAGUUGAUCACUAACUGCAUCGAAGAGGAGGGCACUGAUCAAAUUAUGGCAACUGAUGGUUGCUCUGACAAUUUAAAUACUGAUAUGAACAGUAAGGAAGGUGGUUGUGCAAAUUCUUCUUUGGCCGGUGCUGCUAACUCAGGCGAUGCUAACUUUUCAGACAAUGGGAAAGUUGCUUUACUGAAAUCAGGUGCUUCUCUUGUUGAAACUGAACAGGCAGACAGCAAAUUACACCAUCUGGAGACUCAGGAUUUGAACAACUCAGCAUUGGAAUAUACAUCUUUGAGUAAGCAACCGCGUGAUUCUACGCAGCAUAAGGAUGAAAAUAAUGUGGAUGUAGCCUCUGAAGAAGCAACUGCACCAGAGUGUUGUCGCGAUGAUGAGUCUGCCUCUUGCAGCACAACCAACAAGAAUGAAGCAGAAUGUGGUGCUGGUUCUGAAGAAAUUGUUGCUAGUAGCCUUCCAUCUGAGAUGCAAAGAAUCUUACCAGGUGAAAGAGACAAUGAAGAUGUUAUCACACGGAAUCAGGGCAGAAGGAAGCGAAUGAAGAUGGUUGGCAAAGCACAUCAAGGACGAGAUAGCCAAAAUGAACAGAAACAGAAUGGAAAAAAGGUCUUCAGAACUGCAAUGAGAAGAAUCCUUAUCAGCAAGGCCCCACCUGUAUUGACAAUUAAUUUGAACAGAUUCAGUCAGGACUCACAUGGUCGGUUCAAGAAAUUGAAAGGGCAUGUACGCUUUAAGGAGAUAAUUGAUGUGCAACCUUUCAUGGACCCAAGGUCUAAGGAGAAUGACAACACCACAUAUCGUCUAGUUGGCGUUGUUGAGCACUUGGGAACCAUGGCAGCUGGGCAUUAUGUUGCAUAUGUGAGAACUGGCAAGAUUGGGGGUCGGCAGCAGAGGAGCACUGAUUCCAAGUCAUGGUUUUAUGCAAGUGAUGCACAAGUCAGAGAAGCCUCUCUGGAGGAAGUUCUUAACUGUGAGGCUUACAUACUUUUCUACGAGAGGGUGGGUGACUAAGACAGUUAUGCCUGGCAACCUAUUCGUCGACCAGUCAGUAAUCAGGACAUGAUCAAAUGGUCAGCAUAAACCACAUUUUUUUUGGAUAAUCAGAGGCUCAGAUAGUCUUCAUACUAGUUACUAUCCAUCAAGUCCAUUUCGUUUCUUUGAAUGAGUUCCAUUGGCUUUAUUGCCAUUUGUCUACUCGGUCGAAGAGAUUUUUCACAAGUGGACUUGAACAGUUAAUCUGUUCAUACUGCCUACAGCCGUUUUGUCUUUUGAAGCAUAUUUGGAGGUGUGGAAAUGUUCAGAAUUGGCGAGCAGCUCAUACAUAUCUUGGCAGGUGCUCUGUGGAAAGCCCAUAGAUAUUGCUUUACAACCAAAACAUGGUCACCUUAGUACUACAUAUUUUUUUGAGUAUAUGUCUCCAGUCUCCACCCCUAAAUUUUGAGUGAUGGGGGUGUAUACUGUAACGGUGCCUUAGAUCCAUUUUAAAAGUGGUAAUUACAUACUCUUAUCAUUGUCAUCUGGGAUGAUAAAAAAAAAAUCCUCCUUUCAUUGAGAAAUUUUCUGUUUCA